CAAAGUCAAAAUGAAAUAACCUCCCUCCGCGUCGUUUAGCUUUCGUUUCGUGUUUUGCUUUGUAGCAUGAACUUUUUUGUAAAAUAACUGUGAUAUUUGUAUGAUAAUCUUAAAGCUUUCUUAAUUAUAGUGUUAGUAGAUGUGCUAAUCUAGAAAACACAUCAAAAUGGAUGGUCCUCCAGGUACCGGGCCUCCGGUCAACAAUGGAUCGAUGGGUCCACCGGGCAUGCCGAACUUUCCUCCUAUGCCUCCUCCACCCGGCGCUAUGGGGCCUGGAGGUAUGCCACCACCGCCUAUGGGCCCACCUGGAACAAUGCCACCUGUUUCUUCUUCAGGAGGACCGCCAAAUCUGCCACCGCCAGGCAUGGGUCCACCGCCUGGCAUGAUGGGCAUGGGUCCCCCACCACCAGGCAUGGGUCCUCCACCGCCAGGCAUGGGACCUCCACCAGGAAUGGGUCCACCACCUGGCAUGGGACCCCCACCUGGUAUGGGUAUGGGUCCCCCACCACCAGGUAUGGGCCCACCACCAGGUAUGGGUUCUAGAAUGCCUCCAAAUAUGAUGCGCAGUGGUCCUAAUAUGAAGGGGAACUUUAAUCAAGGAAUGGAUAUGGGUCCACCACCGCCAGGAAUGGGGCCUCCACCGAAUAUGCCUAUGGGUCACAGUCCAUGGGAUGGACCGGGGCCUUGGGAUAGUCAAGGUCCGCCAGGGCCUCCUGGGCCGCCUGGCUGGGGAAGACCUGGAAGAGAUGGUCCUCCAGGAUGGGAUGAUCAAGGGGAGGAAGGUGAUGAAGAGGAUAGAGACGAUGAAGAGUCGGGACCCCCACCACAAGGCCCUCCUCCAUCGUCACUGCCUUCUCUGCUGACAAUGAAAAUUGACACUCCAGAAGAGUUUCGUAGCAAAGCUGCUCCACCUGCUGUCCCCGGAGGCGUAGUGUUGCCAAAAGCAUUAGAAGAAGCCCUAGCAUAUAAAGAUCAGAGACAGGCUGCACUUGGAGGUGCUGCUGAAUCGCAAGAGAAGGAAGUGGAUGGUCCACCUGAAGCCCCUCCAGCUCCUGUGAUCAGUACCGAGUAUGAUGCAGAAGAGGAUGAAGGUGAUUCCGAUGAUGAGAAUGUUCCAGCAGCCCCACAGCCACCCAUCAUAUCCAAACAGGAGACUCAGGUCAACAAAGCCAACAAGAACAAGAGGAAGAAAUGGAAGAAGAAGGCCGCAAAGCAGAAGCGUCGAGAGGAGGCGCUGAAGAAAGACAAGACAGCCGCCCCCGCACCGGCUGCCGCUGCCAAAGACAAGGACAUGGCUAAGGAGAGCACCAGCGACAAGGAAAACCAGAAGGAAGCUGAUAUAGAGUAUGUCCAAGAGAACAUUCAGUUCCACGAAUUGGAGCCGAUGUACCGCCAGUUCCACCGCAUUCUGGAGGCGUUCAAGAUCACAGAGAAGAAGGAGGAAGUCAAGGAAGAGAAAGACUUACCGAAGCCCUCCAGCAAGCCCCAGGAGAAGGUGCAGGAUCAGUUCGCGGUCGAUGAGGAAGCGGCGGAGAAAAACGCAGCGGACGAAAAGGAGCGUAUGUCGAAACGCAAGCUGAAGAAGCUGUCGCGGUUGUCGAUGGCCGAGCUGAAGCAGCUCGUGUCGCGGCCGGACGUCGUGGAGAUGUAUGACGUCACCGCCCGGGACCCCAAGCUGUUGGUCCAGCUCAAAGCGCACAGGAACACUGUGCAAGUGCCAAGACAUUGGUGUUAUAAGCGGAAGUAUUUGCAAGGCAAGCGUGGUAUAGAGAAGCCUCCGUUUGACCUGCCGGACUUCAUCAAGAAGACUGGCAUCAUGGAGAUGCGAGCUUCGCUGCAGGACAAGGAGGAGACCAAGACCCUCAAGGCUAAAAUGAGGGAGAGGACCAGGCCCAAGCUGGGAAAAAUCGAUAUUGAUUACCAGAAACUACACGACGCGUUUUUCAAAUGGCAGACGAAGCCCCGUAUGACGAUCCACGGUGACUUGUACUACGAGGGCAAGGAGUUCGAGACCCGGCUCAGGGAGAAGAAGCCAGGGGACUUAUCAGAGGAACUGCGCACCGCUCUCGGCAUGCCAGUCGGGCCCGGGUCACACAAGGUCCCACCGCCGUGGUUGAUCGCUCAACAGCGUUACGGCCCGCCGCCAUCUUACCCUAACCUCAAAAUCCCGGGACUCAACGCGCCAAUUCCUGAUGGCUGCGCAUUUGGAUACCACGCCGGGGGCUGGGGGAAACCUCCCGUGGAUGAGACGGGCAAGCCGUUGUAUGGAGACGUGUUUGGUCAUCAGAGCAGUGGCCAGGAUGAUGCUGAGGACCAAGACAUCGACAGGACAAUGUGGGGAGAACUGGAGUCAGAGUCCGAAGAAGAAUCGGAGGAAGAGGAGUCGGAGUCGGAGGGCGAGGAGGCGGGCGCGGGCGAGCUGGCGGCGGGCGCGGCCACGCCGGGCUCGGGGCUGGUGACGCCGCUCGGCAUCAGCUCCGUGCCGCCCGGCAUGGAGACGCCCGACACCAUCGAGCUCAGGAAGAAGAAGCUCGACACCGACCACGAGGGUGGAGACACCCCGGCCUUGUAUCAAGUGCUGCCGGAGCGCCGCGUGGGGCUGACGGCCGGCAUGAUGGCCUCCACGCACGUGUACGACAUCAGCGCGGCUAACCCUGGCAAGCGAGCAGCGCCCGCGCCGCCGCCGGGCACGGCCAGCGAGCCGGCGCCGCCGCCGGGCGCCGUGGACGUGGCGCUGGACCCGUCCGAGCUGGAGCUGGAGCCCGAGGCGGUGGCGGCGCGCUACGAGCGGCACCUGCGCGAGCAGCGCCCGCGCGGCCGCGAGGACCUCUCCGACAUGCUGGCGGACCACGUCGCCAGGCAGAAGAAUAAACGGAAAAGACAGCAGAACACGGAUUCCAAACAAGCGAAGAAAUAUAAAGAAUUUAAGUUUUAAAAUCUGUGUAUUGGAGUUUAUUAUCCUAAUUUAUAAGUUUAAUUAUUGAUUAAUUCUUGGAAUCUAUCCAGGCAAGAAUCAUUCAAGAACUGUGUAAAAAUAUACUA